GUGUGAUGCCAUAACCAAAGUAUUGAAGAACCCUAACUUCCCUGGGCCCAUCCUCCCCAAUUUGUCGACAUUAUAUUUCCAAAGAGUCUCCAAUCCCAAUAACAACACAUAUAAGAAUGAACUUGACAUACCUUCAGUUUUUCUAGAGUUGGGAAACCUUAGGCGACUUCAUAUAUGGCGUGUAACGGGAAAUCAUGCCUAUUUCGGGAUGAAUUAUCUAUGGUUGGUGAAUAUCCGGGAACUAAGGCUUGUUUGCAGCUUUGGCGCAAAAGAGGUAUUCGAAAUUUGCAAGUCGGCUUUUCAACUUGAGACUUUAUCGCUGGCAACAACAGAGCCACAUAAUCGUCAUGCUACCCCAAGAGACCCAUUGCCGGGUAGGGAUAUCAACUCUGCACUCCUCUUGCGAGCUCACACCUUGAAAGUCUUGGAAUUCAGAGUUACCGGAAAGGAGUUUUUCUUAUGCCAGCUUGGAAACUCGAAACUACUAACAUGUUUACCCUCACUCAUAAAACUUGAGAAAUUGACAACCGAAAUUCCACUUCUAUCCAAGUUUGACCAGAAAGAUAAGUCGGAUACCUUGCUCUUGAGUAAACUGCCACCGAACAUCGUCUCUUUGGAAUUGAUCGAAUGGCCUACAUUUCCCCCUGAUAUGCCGAAGCGACUAAAUCAAUCAAGGGAUCUAGCCGAUUCAUUACUCAAGGCGUUAGCCUUCAUGCCUCUCCGAGGGCUACCUAGGCUAAGGCGGCUUCAUUACCUACGAAGCCCUUUCAACCCAUACUACAAUAAUGAAGAGAUCGACCGGAGAAUGUCUUGGUUCGAUCGAAGAUUCGUCGUGACUUCGUGGGCGUCUGAUUCGCUGCAGCAUCAGAUGAGGAUCUUCUAUGGGUUUUUUUGGGACGUUGAUAAGUGAUUCAUGAGACGUAUGUUAUUUAGAAUAGUAUGAUGUAGCGAAAAGGCGAAAAGGGGUGAAGUUGAGCCACUUGUUGCGGCUAGCGACGUAGGGCAGUAGAUAUAUUAUAUAGCGAUUAUGUAGCGAUUAUAAUCCAUUGAUUUUG